CGGGUUUCCAGCACAUCGCAGCAUGGUAGGCAGAGCACCAUCCCUCUCCCCAUCCUUCAAAAAGCCAUUCUCCUGCGCUGACAAUCUUCACACAUCCUGUAAGGCAGACUGACGCUUGUCACUCAUUUGUAAUGAGAGCGGGGAGGGACGGGCUGAUGGUGUGAAUCAGAGAGUAGAAGCAUAUGCGAGGCAAUAUACUUGACAUGAAGAGAGAGAAGACACAAGGAGGGGGUGAGUCACUGUUUACUGUUCUAGAGGAGCUCCACACAGCCCUCGCCCAGCUGGCCAGCUUUCCAUUUCCCUUAUGGAUCGGAACCAGCAUCCAGCAGCAAAGAGGAGAGAUUCAGGAACCUUCAGAGCACAUCUGAGAGCUGCCAGGACACGGCUCUCUGAGGCGCUCUCUGGGGAAGCCUGGACAGGGAUCAGACAGUCUUCAGUGGUUUGGUAAACAACCUAGUCAGAUGCUGCAGGGAGCCUGUGGUUAGGGAGCAGAGGAUACGGAGUACCAGGAGGGUACGCUUGUGUGUCACCUCAGAAGUUCACAGAGGAGGUGGCUGAAGGGGAAAGAUACGUGGCAGCCGGCCCCGCUACCAACAAAGAGACAGCACUUCCUCCAUCAUGCACUGAUAAAACGUGGUGACAGAGCAUCACCAGAAUUACACCUCAGCAUCCCUAGCCUGGAGACGCAUCUCCACGAGACAGCCAAGCUGAGCCACCGAGCAACAAAUAAAUUGCUCGGAUGCACAGCCAGAUUCUGGGGCAGAGCUGGGAUUGGGAUUCCUUGCUGCUCCUGACCCCACAUGCCAGCCAUCGAGUUGGACCUCUUCACCGACUGCUAAUAACAGAACAUCACAGCAUCGCUAUUCAGGGCCCUGCAAUAUUGCAGAGCAGCAGGAUUUGCUACGCAAGCUGGCCCUCCGCUCAGGAACUUAGUGGCAGGGUAAUCGCUCUCGUUACUGGCUCUUCCCGCUCACUUCUUGUGUUGAUGGUCACACAGCACUGCAUCGCUUGUGCUUCGUUCGUGCUUGGAAGACUCUCUGCCCGAGUUUGAAGAUAGCCUGAAACAAUAGCUCAGACAGAAGUGGAAACCGCCUGUUCAUCUCUACAGGGUGCUGAGCCUGAAACUUCCUGAUAAUUGAAAGUGCUAGCACUGCUCAAGUACUUCACAGCUGGAUGUUUACAAAAAUGAUCAGCGAGCAAGCUUAUCCCACAAACCCCGACCGCCGUGGGGGCCAGCGCUCCCAGCUGUCCUUUCUUUGCUUCCCAAACAUCUCACACAGAGAUUUUUAAUACCAAGGUCUGCAGCGCAUUCCACACCGUUAAUCAUCUUCCAAUGUCGAUGGAAAUAAAGAGCGUACCAGGCUGAUCUGUAUUUUUCCCUUCCAGGAGGCACACAGCGGUACCGAACUCCUUGCCACAACAGAUUGCCCAGACAGGCGACGGUGCAGGAAUGACAUAAAACAUGACAAAGCACGCUAUGCUUGACAGGCGAGCAAAAAAAAAUUUAAAUAAAUAAAUAAAAACUAACAAAAUUUCUGCCUCUGGUUCAGAAACACUUGGUGAAGCAGAGCAUGAGCCUGGCGUAAUACAACCAGGCAUAUUUCCCGCGACGCAGGUACCAAGCCCUGACAAGCUCAGGGCCUGCAGGAGCGGGCAGGGUGUCCGGCCGGCCGAAGUCACCGCGUGCCCCGAUGGUGUGGCAAUCACCCCGCCACCGGCCGGCACCUCCGGCGGGCAGGAGCAGUGUUCCCGCUGCCAUUGGGCAAGCGUGGCGUCCAUCACCUCUAGGAAGUGACUGCACGAGGAAGGCUUCUCCACAAGCAGCACCGCGUCCGCACAGAAGGCACGGGGGGGGAACAGCGAGGCACGCGUGCCCCGUUCAGCAGCGAGGGGAAAAACCGAAAGUCACAAGUGCCAGGACAAUGAAGUCGUACCAGAAGCUGACGACAACAGUGCCGCAGCCAGCAGCAUGUCGGGUGGAGGAGGAAGGGGCUGCCUCAACACCCACUGGCCGUGGGAAGCUGGCCCCGUGGUGGGUGGGCAGCGGGCUGCUGGUGGCUGCUGUGCUGCUGAGCACCAUCACGGUCUGGGUGCUACGGCAAGUAUCAGGGGGCUGGCCCAGACCCACACUGCCCCCCAAAUGUCUCCUGGUGCCUGAAAACCACCGCUUUGACUGCUACCCGGAGCGGCAUGUCGUGGUGACCCAGGAGCUCUGCGAAAGCCGGGGGUGCUGCUUCAUGGAGACCCCGCCGCCGGCAGGGGGCAAGCGGGGAGUGCCCUGGUGCUUCUACCCCCCUGACUUCCCCAGCUACACCCUGGAGAGCCUCAACCAGACAGCGCUGGGCAUGGUGGGGUUGCUGGUGCGGAGGGAGAAGGCUUAUUACCCCCAGGACAUCAGGAUGCUGAGGCUGGACGUGGAGUUUCAGACAGACACGCGGCUGCACAUCAAGAUAACUGAUGCGACCAAUCCACGGUAUGAGGUUCCCCUAGAGGUUCCCCAGACGAUGAAGAGGGCAGAAAACCCCAUCUACAGUCUGGAUUUCUCCUGGGACCCCUUUGGGGUGCUGCUGCGGCGCAAGGCGACAGGGACAGUGCUGCUCAACACCACCGUGGCCCCCUUGAUCUUUGCUAACCAGUUUCUCCAGAUAUCCACAUCGCUCCCGUCCAAGUUCCUCUAUGGGCUGGGGGAGCACCGUGGCACCUUCCUGCACAGCCUGGACUGGAACACCCUCACACUGUGGGCCCGUGACGUCGCUCCCACGGAAUCGUUCAACCUGUACGGUGCUCAUCCCUUCUACCUGCUGAUGGAGGAGGGCGGAGAUGCUCACGGGGUUUUCCUCCUCAACAGCAAUGCAAUAGAGGUGGCCCUGCAGCCUGCUCCGGGCCUGACCUGGAGGACCAUUGGGGGGGUCCUGGAUUUUUACAUCUUCCUGGGGCCUGAUCCCAACAUGGUCAUCCAGCAGUACCAGCAGGUGAUAGGUUUCCCAGCCAUGCCACCCCUCUGGGCACUCAGCUUCCACCUCUGCCGCUGGGGCUAUGGAUCCAGCAAUGAGACCUGGGAGAUUGUAAGAGCCAUGAGGAACUACCGGAUCCCCCAGGAUGUGCAGUGGAAUGACAUCGAUUACAUGGAUGGGUACCGGGACUUUACCUUCGAUCCCCAGAAAUUUGCCUCCCUCCCCUCGCUGGUAGAAGACCUCCACAAACAUGGGCAGCGCUACGUUAUGAUCUUGGAUCCCGGCAUCAGCAGCACCAACCCUCACGGCUCCUACUGGCCUUUUGACGAAGGCUUGAGACGGGGCUUGUUCCUCAACACCACCCAAGGGCAGCCACUCAUCGGGCAGGUCUGGCCCGGCUUCACUGCCUUUGCAGACUUCUCCAACCCAGACACGCACCAGUGGUGGCUGGAGAACCUGCAGCACUUCCAUGCCCACGUGCCCUUUGAUGGGCUCUGGAUCGACAUGAAUGAGCCGUCCAACUUCAUGGAUGGGUCUGAAGACGGCUGCCCCCCAGGAGAGCUGGACAGCCCACCCUACACACCGGCCGUGCUGGGUGAUUCCCUCUCUGCAAAGACGGUGUGUGCCUCAGCGAAGCAGAAAGCCUCAGUGCACUACAACCUCCACAACCUCUACGGGCUGAUGGAAGCCAAAGCCACAGCAAGCGCUCUGAUCCAGAUCCGGGGGAAGCGCCCCUUUGUCAUCUCCCGCUCCACCUUCCCCAGCCAGGGCCAGUACUCGGGGCACUGGCUGGGUGACAACCGAAGCCAGUGGAAGGACAUGUAUUACUCCAUCCCAGGGAUGCUGAGCUUCAGCCUCUUCGGCAUCCCGCUGGUUGGGGCGGACAUCUGCGGCUUCUCCGGCAGCACCUCAGAGGAGCUGUGCACCCGCUGGAUGCAGCUCGGUGCCUUCUACCCCUUCGCUCGCAACCACAACACCCAGAACGAGCAGGCCCAGGACCCAACAGCAUUCAGCCCCGCAGCAAGGACGGCCAUGAAGGAUGUGCUGCUGACCCGCUACUCCCUCCUGCCCUUCCUCUACACUCUUUUCCACCGUGCCCACCUGCAAGGGGACACUGUCGCCCGGCCCUUGUUCUUUGAGUUCCCCCAGGAUGUGGCCACCUUGGGACUGGACAGGCAGUUCCUGUGGGGCCAGAGCCUGCUGGUGACGCCAGUGCUGGAGCCCGGGGUGGACUCGGUCACAGGCUACUUCCCCCGAGGCGUAUGGUACGACUUCUACACGGGCUCCUCGGUGAACAGCAGCGGGGAGACACUGAAGAUGUCAGCCCCCCUGGAACACCUCAACCUGCAUGUCCGGGAGGGUGCCAUCCUGCCCACCCAGAAACCAGGGACCACCAGUGAGGUGACCCGAGGGAACCCCAUGCGCCUCAUCGUGGCUUUGUCCUCGAGUGCCACCGCCUGGGGGGACCUCUUCUGGGAUGAUGGCGAGAGCCUGGACACCUUCGAGCAGGGCAGCUACUCCUACCUGGUGUUUAAUGUCACGCAGAACAUCUUCACCUCCACCGUCCUCCAUGCCAGCACUGAGGCUACUGAGGUCACCAUUGGCACACUGAGCAUCUUUGGGGUGCGGCAGCCACCCAGCAAGGUCCUCCUGAAUGGCCAGGAGAGGCCCUUCUCCUACCUGGACAACCAGGUACAGCCCCGUCUUGGGGUGCCUGGACCUGGCGGUCCCCAUCCUGGGGGUCUCCACCCCUCUUUCCCCAGCCCUAAGGAUCACAGGGCUGGUGGCCAAUGCGGUGGGUUCUCACCGUGACCGACCUCGGCCUCAGCCUCAGCCGGGGCUUCUCCCUGCGGUGGCUGUGAUGGGCUGCGGGCCCCCCCGCCACGCUGAGACCAGCUGCCCGGGAGAGGCUCGGGGCUCCCCCCACAGAGGGGAGGGCAUCGGCGCUGUCACCUGGGGCUGUCACCUGCCACUGCGCAGCCCCCCUCCAGCACGGCUGGGGACCGGGAGGGGGCUGGCCCCACGGGUGCCCCCCGGGUGGGCGGUACGGGCGGAGGUGUGGGGGCCGCUGCAAUAAAGGCACAUGGAGAGCUUG